AUGUUCGAAGAAGGCGAAUUCAUUUAUGAAUAUGAACAUCGACGCGUUAUUAAAUCUCUUCUUUUAGUUGGAAUUCGUUGUGAACGUGACUUAUUACUCACUCCUAAUGAAAAUAUUUUGUCAAAUCGAAAUUUCUACGCCACGACACGUGAUCUAGAACUUUUUCGCAAAUUUGUUCAAGAUAAAUUCAAAGCCGUUCCACAAACAGGUCUCGAUCUUUUGCAGCAAAGAAAUUGUGUUCCAUUAUCAACAGGAUGCGAAAAAAUCGAUAACUUAUUGUCGGGUGGUAUUUACCCUGGCGAGAUUACAGAGAUUAGUGGUCCGUCAGGAACUGGGAAGACUCAAAUGGCAUUUUUUACAGCAAUAACAACUGUGAUAUCGUCAAAUACCGUGUUGUAUAUUGAUACACUGAACGGAUUCUCUUCGGAUCGUGUCGUCUCGCUAUUUCUCGGUAGUGAUCGAUUUGCGAGUGCGCGGGAUGAGGGAAUUGAUUGGAUUAAAGUACUUGAGUGUAUUCGAGUGGUGAAAUGUUUUGAUGUGUAUUCAGUUAUGGAAGUUAUUGAAGCGAUAGGAUACAAUAAUAAUGACCAUGAUAAACAAGAGGAAAAUAUUAAAAGUGAAUUUUAUCAAAAUUUGAAACUGAUCGUUAUUGAUUCCAUAAGCGCUGUUUUAUCUUCCUUGUUAUCUAGCUCUACGAGUCAAGGUCAUUCGCUAAUGGUCUCACUGAUGCGGAUGCUCUUAACCCUUGCCAAAAAACGGAAUAUUGGUAUUCUGUUGAUAAACACUUCGGUACACGCUUAUCCAAACAACCAAGCAUCAGCGUUCGCAUCUACUAUCACAAAACCAGCUCUCGGUAUGACUUGGACAUAUCUCACUAACGUACAACUCUACAUCACCGAUUGUCCGGAAGAAUUGCAUGAAACUAUCGGUAAUAACGUAGGCGGACCACAAGUACAAGAAUAUUAUUAUACAAAUCGAGAAGGGGUAGAGUGUACCAUGAAGCCGAGGAUCGUUGAGGUUUUGAAAUCUAGGAAUCAGUUUUUGUCUUACUUUGAUAAUAGCAAAUGGGACAGUGCAACAGCCGGUUUCAAUGACUUUUUGGCAGGAUAUAUAUCCGGUGUAGCUGGACUGAUAGUUGGUAGUCCACUCGACGUUCUCCGGAUUCGACUUCAAAUGCCACAACGGCCGAUAUACCAUAAUGAUCAUAAUAAUCGCAACAUUUCGCCUAAAAAUGCAACAGUAACAGCAGGUGCUGUUAGUCUUUGGCGAAUGAUGCAAACAGAAGGGGUGGGAUCAUGGUUCAAAGGCAUCGCAGCACCGAUAAUAGGCCUUGCAUUUUUAAAUGCAAUUUUAUUCGCCUCAUAUGGCGGAAUCCUUCGAUUUCUGGGAACUCGCGAGGAGAAUGAUUUAUUUUUCAACAGUAAGCAUCAUAAUCGAAAUUACGAAUCUUCUUUUACUCCGUCGCUUUCGCAGGUCUAUGUUGCAGGGUUUGGUGCUGGGAUAGCGUCUUUUUUUGUUAGCACACCUACAGAAGUUGUAAAGUGUAAAGCACAAGCACUAGUGAAUUCUCAUUAUCGAUCUUCUUCCACUUGGAGUGUAUUCCGAAAUAUUAUCAAAAACCAUGGGAUCUUAGGAUUAUACCAAGGAGGGACAGCAACAAUGAUACGAGACUCAACUAGCUAUGGUGUAUAUUUCUGGGCAUACGAAGGAUGUAAACGAUUACUAGGAGUCUCUUCGUCUUUUUCUUCCACUAAUCUUGUCAAUUAUCAUGAUGAUUUCGCUGUCGGGAGCUACAACCAUAAUAAUGAUGAUACUUUGAAGUUACUUUUUUCUGGAGGGAUGGCCGGUGUGGUGGCAUGGGCUUGUAUAUAUCCUUUGGACGUAAUUAAAACGAGACUUCAAGUUCAACCAUACAAAAACGUCACUCACAAUCUUACCGAAAAUUACAAUUCACAACCAUUCGUAAUAACUCGCGCAGCAGUCCCAUCAUCUUCAUCUUUCGAACAAACAACUCUACUACAAAGCGUAAAAAUAUAUAACCAUCAUCAGAAUAAUUUUUCAUCAUCUCUUUCUCCAUCAACACUAACGGCCACAAAAACCACACCACCGCCAACAACAUAUUACACUGGAAUCAUCGAUUGCGCCAUAAAAUCAUACAAAGCGGAAGGGUCGAAAUUUAUUUUUAAAGGGAUAGUGCCGACGCUGUUGAGAGCUUGGCCAGUGAAUGCUGUGACUUUUUAUGUUUAUGAGAUCAUGAUUAAAUGGUUGAAUUAA